GGGGGAAGCUAAUUGCUGUUCCGGGAUUGAUCGAUCCACUCACUUCAUCCGAGAGGGGGGGGAACCUGAGAAUAGAUGAACUGGAAAAGCUUCCUUUACAAAUGACGCGUGGGGUAUCGGCAUCCCACUUAGGCAAUUCUGGCUUUAAUAAUCUCUACUGACUUCAGAUAUCUCAUUCUUGUACUCGGUAUCCGGCAUCUCAUGUUUUAUUCAGCGGCCUAUCGGACAUCCCUCAUUCUCACCAACAACACCCUGGUCUGAACUGGUAUUUCAUAAUUCGCCCAAUAGCAUUAUCUGCCGGCGCCAUGUCCGCCUCAGAAGAGCUUGUACCUUUCAGCGAAGCCACCAGGAUAACGAGACUAGACUCCAACGUCUACGGGGCCAAUCUGGCUUCUGGGUGGUGCAUUGGUUCAGUCCCGAAUGGCGGCUACGUCGCGUCCGUGAUAUUGCGCGCGGCAUCUCUGCACCUCGCAGGCCGCGGCCAGCCCGACACCAUCUCUGCCCAUUUCGAAUACGUCAACCGCACCGAGAUCGGGCCCGCGAUAGUCGUCGUCGAGGAGGUCAAGAUCGGCCGGAAUCUCUCGACGGUGCACGUCUCGCUCUACCAGCACGACCUCCAGUCGUCAGCCCCUUGGUUCACGCCGAAGUCGCGGAAAGAGGUCGUCGGCUACUUCAUCAACACGCUCCUGACCGUCGAGAAGGGCCUGACGCUCAAGACGGCGUGGUCAAUGACGCCGCCCACAAGACCGGCCGACUUCGCCCUCCUCGCCCUGGACAAGGACCCGCACUGGGCGAAGCGGGCGAGGCUCAACGCCCGCGCGACGUCGUUUGCGCGCUCGCACAACAACCUGGAGCACUACCUGCCGCGCGAGGGGAUGCCCCGUGGCAUCUCGGACGUAUGGAUGCGCCUGAAGUCGGGCGAGAGGUUCACCAACGCCUCGCUCGGGUACGUCGUCGACGCGAACCCGACGGUCAUCGAGGCCUGGAGGCCGAGGCCCGACGAGGAGCAGACGCCGUUCCGGUCGGGCGAGAUGUUCUGGUACCCGACGCUCGCGCUGAACCUGGACGUGAAGAAGGCGUUGCCCGCCGAGGGGGCCGAGUGGCUCUUCAUCCGGUCCAUGGCCAAGGUGAUACGGAACGGCAGGCUUGAUCUUGAGGUCACUGUUCUAGACGAGAGCGGAGACGUCGUGGCGCUGAGCACCCAUGUCAACAUGGUGCUGCCGGCGGAGAGGAAUAUGAAAGAGCGAAGUCAUGUCGCGGGGAAGCUGUAGAGUGUAAGAUACCAAGACUGUUGUUUUUUUCAUGAGAGAGCGAUACAUAAAAAUAGAGCAUCGAUGUAUUUGGUUCUUGAUUCUGUUAGGCUUUCCUUCAGUACGUUGCCGAGAACGACGUUGCUGAGAACAUAAUGAUACCAGGUUUAGAGGC